CACAAAGGUCUCUUUUCUGCUUGAAAGAACUUUUCUUCUUCGUCUUCGUGAAACACAGAAUCACAGAGCACAAAGAACAAAAGAAGAAGAAGAAGAGAAUCAAGUGCAAGUAUGGCUAGUUCUGGUUGCCAUGCUCUGUUCUUCGUACUCCUCUCCAUAAUUCUUGCUUACACAGCAAUCACCUCCAGCAUGCAUUCAAAAUCAACCAACAAUUACUCAAAUUCAUCUCAACAAUUCAACAGACACGCCCUCGCAAUGAACGCUUCUAAAGCACUUCGAAAUCAAGGAUUCAAUAUCUUAGCUACUCUCCUUCAAAUCUCUCCUGAAAUUUUCCUCUCAACCCCUCAAUCCACCAUUUUCGCCAUUCAAGAUUCUGCCAUGUCCAAGCUCUCUGUCCCUUCUUGGGCAAUGAAGCAGCUCCUUCAGUACCACACUUCUCCUUCUAAAAUCCCAUUUCAAGAAUUGUUGAAUAAGUCACAAGGUUGUUGCUUGAAGACCCUUUUGUCUGAGAAAAAAAUUGCCAUCACCAGAUUUGAUGAAAAACAGAGCACCAUCGAGAUCAACAAUGUCUCUGUUUCUCAUCCUGAUGUGUUUCUUGAAGGAAAUCUCUCAAUUCAUGGAGUUACUAGGGCCUUCUCUGUGUUAGAUUUUCAUGGAAUGGACGAACACAUAGACGUUAUUCGAUCACCAAUUUGUGAAGAAACAUUAAACGGAAGUUCUACUGAUACCAAGAACUUGGUCAAUUGGCCAAGAAUCCUCAAAUUGCUGAGCUCCAAUGGAUAUGCUUCGUUUGCAAUUGAAUUGCAUUCUGUUCUUGAUGGGGUUCUUCAAGAUUCUGCAAAUUUGAGCUUUGUAACAAUCUUUGCUCCUCCAAAUUUGGGAUUCUUAUCAUCUCCUUCACCUUUGCUUGAAAGAAUCGUAAGGCUUCAUUUAAUGCCACAGAGGUACACUUUCAUGGAAUUGGCUUUCUUGCCUGACAUAUCAUCCCUCAAGACACUGGCUCCAGGUCUAAAUGUUACCAUUUCUAAGAGCAAUUUUUCGCGCAUUUUGAUCAUUGAUGAUGUGGAGAUCACAGCACCGGAUAUUUUUGUAUCCAAGACGUUCGUCAUCCAUGGAAUAUCUCGGCCUUUUGAGUUGGAGGAGCUAUCCAUUUCAUUCAGAUAAUAAAGUUUUCUUAUUUUUUGCAAGUAAAGUAUUAGCAUUUCUGUUACAUGUAUCUUUUACUUCACCAUAGUUUGCUCUAUUCAUUUUAAACUAGAUCUUCUUAGUUUAGUUUUGUAGCUCCAAAAUUGUUAUUGGAUGGAAAUGUGCAAGCAGAGUUGAUACACA